AUGAUUGAAGAUCUAACGAAUAAUCUCAAUAACUUUGACACCACCAUUCUAAAGUUAAUAACUUUAUACAAUUCACAAUUUAAAUCUAUAAAGAUAGAUCACUCUAAUAAUGUAAUAGAUAGAUCGGUUAAACAUGAAAUCGUAUUUAAAGAUACCGAUUUAGAACUUAUCAAAGAGAUAUUGCAACAAUCUGUUGUGGUAUCGCUGAAAAAUGAAAAUUCGUCACCACCUCCAACAACGGCAAUAGCAAAAUCAUCUAAAACAUCAUCGUUAGCAACAUCAUUACAAAAAACAACCUUAUCUUCUUCUUCUUCUUCUACAACAUCAUCGACAUCAGUAGGGGGACCAACAGCAAAUCCAACACCACCAAAAAGACAGACAACGGCAACGUCAACAACAACAGCAGUAUCUCCUACACCUGUUAAUAAUUCAAACAAUUAUGACUAUCUCUUCAAAUUCAUAUUGCUAGGUGAUACCAAUGUUGGAAAGAGUGGAAUGUUAUAUUAUUAUGCAGAAGAUUGUCUCGAUAGUGGUCAAAAUAGAUAUACAACCUGUGGAAUUGAUUUUAAAAUUCACCGUAUUGAACUCGAUGGAAAGAUAAUCAAAGAGCAAAUUUGGGAUGUCGAUGGAAAGAAUAUAAAAUUUGUAUCACCCAACUACGUCAAUGGCAAUGUUGGUGCACUACUCGUUUAUGAUGUAGCCGAUGAAAGAUCAUUCAACAGUAUAAAAGAUUGGUUAGCACUUUUAAAUAACAACAGUCAUACUGGUAGUAAGAUAUUGGUUGGAAAUAAAUGUGAUCUUCAAAAGAGAGUCAUAGAUUAUGAAAGAGGUAGAGCGAUGGCUGACGAUUUGGGAAUACCGUUUAUAGAGACAUCUGCUGUUACUGGUACUGGCAUUAAAGAAGCUUUUACCUUAUUGGCAAAGUCUACAUUGAUAAGAACUAUUCAAAAACCAUUGCCCUCUUCAGUUACUCCUAAAGCUCUUGGAAAUACAAAUUCUGUCCAAUGGAGCCCCUACAACAAUAUUGUCACUCAAUUUAGUCUAUGGAAUAAAACAUUGUUGACUGAAUUCAUCCAACAUUCCCAUGAUAGAGGUGUAGCUGUUCACAACAUGAUCCAGUUUAAUUGUAAUGUCAUAGAUUGCAACUACUACUUCAACAACGGACAAUACAUCGGUAAUGUCACUCUAUUGGCUCAGGUCGGUGGAGAUGGUCUACACUUGGACAUCGAGAAAUUCGGUAAUACUCAAGCUUCCACUUUCAAGGGUUGGGCAAACACCGCCUUCCAAUAUCUCAAGUCGGUAAACAGUAAAUAUGUCUCUUCGAUGGCUGUCGGUUGUGGAGCAAACUCUGGUCCGUUCUACAAUGCCGAUUGGUCAGAUUACUUCAUCUUGAUGUGUUAUGACAUGGGCUGGAGUUCCAAUCCAUUGGCACCAACAUCACCCAUAAAACCAGUCAGAGACAAUGUCAAUAAUUGGAAGCCAUACGUCAACACCUCCGCCAAGAUCAUCAUGGCACUCCCGCUCUUUUCAUACUAUGCAGAUUGCUUACCAAUGGACUACGGUCUGUUUGGAACUACCUGUAAUGUAGAUGGUGUCAAUAACAACCCCUCUAUUGGUUACAACGGAAUCUACAACUUGGUCAACAACUAUCCUGUGGUAUCAUAUCAAGAGUUGAACGGUGUAGCGUUUGCCAAUGUAUUGCUUACAAGUAAUAUUAGACAGUAUAUGUAUGACACACCUGCGACUCUCUACAGAAAGUAUAACGGAAUGGGUAUUGGUGGAACUGCUUGUUGGAGAAUCGACAAUUUAGUAGGUUUACCUUCAGCUCUUAUUUCCGCAUUUUACACUGCACUAUAUCCAAAUAACUAA